AUGUUGCGUAGUAUACUGAGUAUAAGUGCAGACAUUGAAACAAUUGGAGAAAUAUUGAAGAAAAUCAUUCCUACAUUAGAAGAGUACCAGCAUUACAAGGGAAAUGAUUUUGAUUGUGAGUUGAGGCUCUUGAUCCACCAGUCUUUGGCAGGAGGCAUCAUUGGUGUUAAAGGUGCAAAGAUCAAGGAACUUAGAGAGAAUACACAGACUACAAUUAAGCUUUUCCAGGAGUGUUGCCCUCAUUCUACAGAUCGUGUUGUGCUUAUUGGAGGAAAGCCUGAUAGAGUGGUUGAAUGCAUUAAAGUCAUCCUUGAUCUUAUAUCUGAGUCACCUAUUAAAGGCCGGGCUCAGCCAUAUGAUCCUAACUUCUAUGAUGAGACUUACGAUUAUGGUGGUUUUACAAUGAUGUUUGAUGACAGACGAGGCCGACCCAUGGGUUUUCCUAUGCAUGCAAGAGGUGGCUUUGAUCGAAUGCCUCCUGGUCCUGGUGGCCGCCCCAUGCCUCAGUCAAGAAGAGACUAUGAUGAUAUGAGCCCAAGACGAGGACCCCUCCCACCUCCUCCAGGUCGUGGCAGAGGUGGCAGCAGAGCACGUAAUCUUCCUCUUCCUCCACCCCCACCACCAAGAGGAGGGGACCGUAGAGGGAGACCUGAUCAUUAUGAUGGAAUGGGUGGCUCAGGAUAUGGUCGUGGAUCAUACGGUGAUAUAGGUGGACCUGUCAUAACCACACAAGUAACAAUUCCAAAAGAUUUGGCAGGCUCAAUUAUUGGAAAAGGAGGGCAAAGAAUUAAACAGAUUCGCCAUGAAUCCGGAGCAUCAAUCAAAAUUGAUGAGCCAUUGGAAGGAUCGGAUGAUCGUAUCAUUACCAUCAUAGGCACCCAAGACCAGAUACAGAAUGCCCAAUACUUGCUUCAGAACAGUGUGAAGCAGUAUUCUGAAGAUUAUGCUUAUGGGUUUUGA